AUGCUCCAAAACCCACACACCCACAACCAUUUCACCUUCAAUCUUGCUCUCAAAGCAUGCUGCUUAACAAAUUCCUUCAUCAAAGGCCAAGAAAUCCACACCCACUUGAUCAAAACCGGCCAUUUCUCCCACACAUACAUCCAAAACAUACUCAUCCACUUCUACGUUCUUGGAAACGACAUCGUUUAUGCUCAUCGCGUCUUCCAGAGUGUUAACAUUCCUACUGUGGUUUCAUACACUUCGAUUAUUUCUGGGUUUUCGAAAUUUGGGUUUGUAGAUGAAGCUAUUGGUAUGUUUUGUUUGAUGAGUGUUGACCAUAAUGUUGACCCGAAUGCUAAUACUCUUGUUAGUGUUUUGUCUGCUUGUGGUAAUGCGAGAGGAUUGAACGUUGGGAAAGCUGUUCAUUGUUAUUGGGUGAAGUGUUUUGAUGAAGAGAAUGUGAUUUUUGAUAAUGCUUUGUUGAAUUUUUAUGUGAAAGUUGGGUUAAUGGAGGAUGCACGCCAGAUGUUUGAUGAAAUGCGUGAGAGAGAUGUGGUGUCUUGGAGCACUAUGGUGGGUGGGUUUGUGCAAUGGGGGUUUUGUGAAAAGGCGGUUGCGGUUUUUAAUAAGAUGGUGGGAGAGGGAGCGAUUAAGCCGAAUGAGGCGACGUUGGUUAGUGUAGCGGGUGCUUGCGCGUCGAUUGGGUCAUUGAGGUUGUGUGAAUCGGUGCAUUUGUAUGUUCGAGAAAGAGGUGAUAUUCCAAUCGAAGGAAACGUGGGUAAUGCGUUUAUAAACAUGUAUGCUAAAUGUGGUAAUGUAAGGAACGCGAUCUGUGUGUUUAAAACGCUUAGAUAUAAGGAUAUGAUAUCUUGGAGCACGAUGAUUAACGGGCUUGCAAUAAAUGGGCUUGGACAUCAUGUUUUACCGUUAUUCGGGCUUAUGCUAGUUCAUGGGGUUGCGCCGGAUGAUGUUACGUUUAUUAGUUUGUUAACCGCGUGCAGCCAUGGUGGGCUAGUUGAUGAAGGGGUGAUGCUGUUUAAAGGUAUGGUUGACACGUAUGGCAUUAAUGUUCACGAGAAGCAUUGUGCGUGCGUUGUGGACUUGUAUGCACGAGCUGGGCGGUUCAAAGAAGCAGAGGAGUUUGUUAUGGGUAUGGAUAUAGAACCGGAUGGGCCGGUUUGGGGUGCGUUGGUUAGUGCUUGUAGGGUUCAUGAGAACGAGGCGAUGGUUAGACGGUUAAGUGAGACGCUUGUUGACAAAGGCAUGAGUGGUGGGACUUUGUGUUUGGUGUCAAAUAGUUUUGCAAGUUCAAGUAAAUGGGAUGAAUCAAUGGAGGUUAGAAAUGUGAUUAGUUCUUUAGGUUUGAAAAAGAUGGCUGGUUCUAGUUGGAUUGAGCUUGAUGUAUAG